UAUCUGGAAUGGAGACUUGGAAGAUGUUUUGGGAAUUCAUCUUUCUUGCAGCCAGUUUUGGCUUCAUCAAAUCACAGAGAAUUGUCUGCAGGGAGGCCUCUGUGGGAGAUGUCGUGUUUCUCGUGGACGCCGUCAUCAACCCUCAACAUGCCCGUGUCAUGCGCCACUUCUUGUACACCGUGGUAAACGCCUUCAAUGUCAGCAGAGAGACCAUCCGCGUAGGGCUGGCUCAGUACGGCGAUGUACCUCGUUCUGAAUUCCUGCUUUCCGACUACGACCGCAAAGGCGAUGUGCUGAAACACUUCCAAAGCUUUCAGUUUAAGCCUGGGGGCCACAAGAUGGGCCUGGCCCUGAGGUUCCUUCUGGAUCACCACUUCCAGGAAGCAGCAGGGAGUCGAGCAAGCCAGGGUGUGCCUCAGGUGGCCGUGGUGAUCAGCAGCAGCCCAGCUGAGGACCACGUGCAGGGAGCUGCAGAGGCUUUGAAGAGGGCAGGCAUCCUACUUUAUACCGUCGGUGUCAAAGAUGCAGUUUUGGCAGAGCUCAGGGAGAUUGCGAGCAGUCCUGUGGAGAAGUUUGCCUCUUUUGUCCCUAAGUUCCCUAAUCUGAGCAGUCAUGCUCAGAAGCUGCGGCAACAGCUCUGUGACACUUUGGCAAAGGCAGCUCAGCCUGUUAACUAUGUCUCUCCAGCUUGCAGAGAGGCAGUCCUGACAGACAUUGUCUUCCUAGUAGACAGCUCAACCAGCAUUGGACCCCAGAACUUCUAGAAAGUGAAGAACUUCCUUCACUCUGUUGUCUUGGGGCUUGACAUCAGCAGUGAUCAGGUCCGAGUGGGACUUGCUCAGUAUAAUGACAACAUCUACCCAGCCUUUUGGCUGAACCAGUACCCUCUGAAGCAUGUGGUCCUGGAUCAGAUCCAGAAUCUUCCCUACUGUACAGGAGGCACAAACACAGGGAGUGCCCUGGAGUUUAUCAGGACAGACUACUUCACUGAGGCAGCUGGCAGCCAGGCCAGGGCCAGGGUUCCUCAGAUAGUUAUCCUGGUGAUAGAUGGGGAGUUAAGUAAUGAAGUCCAGGAGGCAGCCGACAAGUUAAGAGAAAAUGGAGUUGUAGUGUAUGCAGUAGGGGUGAAUGUGCAGGAUGUCCGGGAACUGCAAAAAAUAGCCAGUGAGCUUGAGAAGUUUCUCUUCAACAUUGAAAACUUCAACACCCUGUAGGAUUUCUCAAGAGGCAUUCUUCAGACUCUGUGCUUAGCAGUGGAGGGUGAGAUAAAAGAAUUCACCCAGGCUUACGCGGAUGUGGUCUUCCUUGCCGACACCUCACAGAACACAUCACAGGGAAGUUUUCAGUGGAUGCGGAACUUCAUCUCCAGAGUGGUUGGCCUGCUGGAUAUGGGCAGGGACAAGUACCAGAUUGGACUGGCUCAGUAUGGUGGUCAAGGUCACACUGAAUUUUUGCUCAAUACCUAUCAGACGCAGGAUGAGAUGACUGCUCACAUCCAUGGACACUUUGUGCUCCGGGGUGGCUCCAGGAGGACAGGCAGAGCUCUGCGAUACCUUCAUCAGACCUUCUUCCAGGAGGCAGCAGGAAGCCGGUUUCUCCAGGGUGUUCCCCAAUAUGCAGUGGUUAUGACCUCAGGCAAAUCUGAAGAUGAGGUCUGGGAGGCCGCACAGACUUUGAGGGAGAAAGGCGUGAAAGUCAUGUCUGUUGGUGUACAGGACUUUGACCAGAGAGAACUGGAGGGGAUGGCAACCCCACCCCUUGUAUAUGAGAGGCAAGGACAAGAUGGAGUCAGACAGAUUAUGCAGGAUGUGGGUGUGGUGAUCCAAGGGACUAGGCAGCCACACUUUGGGAUUGCAUCUGAGAAGGAGGCUGUAGUAGGAUGUCCCACUGCUAUCCCGGCUGAUUUAGUCUUCCUCAUUGAGGAAUUCAGCAUAGACAGGCAGUCAAAUUUCCAACAAGUUGUCAACUUCUUAAAGACCACCAUCAGCUCUCUACAUAUUGGUCCUGAUGUUGUGAGAAUUGGCUUGGUCUUUUACAGUGAGGAGCCACGACUUGAGUUUUCCCUGGUUGCAUUUCAGAACCAAGCCAAAAUCUUGGAGCAUUUGGACAAAUUAACCUAUCAGAGAAGAAGUGGAAAGACCAAAAUUGGUGCUGCUUUGGAUUUCCUAAGGAACGAGGUUUUCACUGAGGAGAGGGGCAGCCGGUCCAAGCAGGGUGUGCAGCAGUUGGCCGUGGUCAUCACAGAAGGCUUCUCCCAAGACCAUGUGUCUGGGCCAGCCUCUCUCCUCCGCAGGGCAGGGGUUACCAUCUAUGUGGUGGGCACCCAGCUUGCCUCAGACAGGAAGGACCUGGAGAUGAUAGCAUCAUACCCUCCUUGGAAGCAUGUCAUCUCACUGGAAUCCUUUCUGCAACUCUCUGUUGUGAGGAGCAAGAUUAAGAAUCAGCUCUGCCCUGAGAUUGUGGAUAAAAGCGUUUUUGUUUCUGGGACGGGCCAUGCCCUGAAGGAAGACUGUGUGCACAUAGAGAAGGCUGACAUUUACUUCCUUGUUGAUGGGUCCAGCAGCAUCAAACACAAUGAUUUUCUUGAAAUGAAGGCAUUCAUGAAUGAAGUGAUAAAGAUGUUCCAUAUUGGGCCUGACAGAGUCCAGUUUGGAGUCGUUCAAUACUCAGAUAGAAUUAAUAGUCACUUUAUCCUCAGCCAGUAUUCCAGUGUGGCAACGCUGAAGGUAGCCAUUGAUGGCAUCCAACAGAGGGGAGGUGGCACCAUGACCGGUCUGGCCUUGGACAGCAUGGCUCAAGUCUUUGUGGACACUGCUCGCAGCAAUGUGCCUUGGUAUCUCAUAGUCAUCACUGAUGGUAAAUCUGAGGAUCCAGUGGCUGAGCCUGCAGAAGCAUUGAGGGGACAGGGAGUUAUCAUCUAUGCUAUUGGAAUAAAAAAUGCUAACGAUAAUGAACUCAAGGAGAUAGCUAAAGACAAGACGUUUUUUGCACCUGAGUUUGAUUCUUUGAAGGCCAUUCAACAAGACAUAGUACAGGACAUCUGCUCCUCAGAGUCCUGUAAGAAUAGGCAAGCUGAUAUUAUCUUCCUGAUAGAUGGUUCAGAAUCCAUCUCUGCAGUAAACUUUGAAAAGAUGAAGGAAUUCAUGAAGAGGAUGGUGGACCACGCUAAUAUUGGUGCUGAUGAAACUCAGAUUGGCCUUUUGCAGUUCAGCUCAGACCCCCAGGAAGAAUUCAGGCUCAACCAAUACUCCUCAAAGGGGGACAUCCGCAGAGCUAUCUCAAAUGUUCGGCAAAUGAAUCAUGGCACCUACACUGGAAAAGCCUUGACUUUCACUCUGCCUUUUUUUGACAGUUCAAGAGGAGGGAGACCCAGUGUUCAGCAGUAUUUGAUUGUGAUCACUGAUGGGGUUGCCCAGGACGAUGUAGCCAUACCAGCCAAGGCUCUCAGGGAUAGGAACAUCCAUAUUUUUGCCAUUGGGGUGGGGGAAGCCCGAAGUGCUCAGCUUUUGGAGAUUACUAAUGACCCACAAAAAGUGUAUUAUGAAGAAAAUUUUGAGUCCCUACAGAACCUGGAGAAGAAAAUUCUUCUUAAGGUCUGCAUUCCACAAGGAUGUGACAUAGAUUUGUCUGUAGGAAUUGAUAUUUCCAGUCUCACAAGGCAAGAUCACCAGAAGCUUCAAGGGUUAUUGCCAGAGGUGAUGCAACAGCUGUCCCUGCUUUCCAACAUCAGCUGUAGUGUUCCUGGUCAACCCCACAUGAUGUUCCGCUACUUGGUGCCUGGCUUAAAUGGCCAGCUUAUUUUUGACUCAGGCUUUAAAAGUUAUAGUGAAAAGAUUAUUCAGACAUUCUUAGUUUAUCAGGCUGCCAAGAGCAACUAUAUGGAUGUGGAGUUUUUGCAGUCCUUGGGAGACCAUGCUAUCCAGCUCUCUUCUGCUAAAGUGAAGGUCCUUUUAGUGUUCACAGAUGGACUAGAUGAUGAUCUCCAGAGACUGAAGAAAACCUCUGAGCUCCUCCACAAUAAAGGAUUCUCUGGGCUCCUUGUUGUUGGCCUGGAAGGUGUGCCUAAAUUAGAAGAGCUCCAGGAGCUGGAAUUUGGCAGAGGAUUUGCAUACCAUCAACCUCUGAGCAUCACACAGCAAUCCCUCCCAAACAUCUUACUGAAGCAACUUGACACAAUUGUGGAAAGAAGAUGCUGCAAUACAUAUGAAAUGUGUAUAUAUGCACAUGGAGAAGAUGGGCACCGGGGUGAUGGUGGGAACCCUGGGAACAAGGGAAAGAAGGGUGCUGGUGGAUUACCUGGUCAUCCUGGUGAUGAAGGUGGACAUGGAGAAAGAGGCCCGCAAGGUCUUCCUGGACCCCGAGGUGAGGAAGGAUGCCCAGGUGUGAGAGGACCUAAGGGAGCAAGAGGAUUUUCUGGAGAGAAGGGAGAUCCUGGCAAUGAAGGUGUUGAUGGCUUGGAUGGGGAACAGGGUGAUCGUGGAGCCCCAGGGUCAUCUGGAGAAAAAGGAAAUAGAGGAAAUCGGGGCUUGACGGGACCACCUGGACCUCCUGGAAAGCGUGGAGAGCCUGGGUUAAGAGGAGAUCCUGGAGAACCUGGAGCAGAUAGUUUUAUCCAAGGCCCAAAGGGAGAAAAAGGAAGGCGUGGACAUCAGGGAAGAUCUAGUUUUGACGGACCUCAGGGGGUACCUGGAAAUGUUGGCCCUCAGGGGUCAAGAGGAAGACAAGGUGUGCCAGGGCAGGAGGGUGUGCGUGGAGAAUCUGGUGAACGGGGUUUCCAGGGAGAGCGUGGAUACUCAGGCCCACAGGGACCAAGAGGAAGAGUAGGAGAACCCGGAUAUUCUGGACCAAAAGGCUUACUGGGUGGUAAGGGGGUUCCUGGGCCUUCAGGGCCAAUUGGUUCAAAAGGAAAAGCUGGACCAACAGGAAUGAAGGGAGAUCUUGGUGUUCCAGGAGUCACAGGCCCACGGGGUCGACAAGGACUCAGAGGGCAACCUGGUCUUACUGGUCCAGAUGGAUAUGGACAUCCGGGAAGAAAAGGAAAAAAGGGUGAACCUGGAUUUCCUGGCUCUCCGGGUGCACAAGGAGAAGAUGGUGACCCAGGCUACCGAGGAGAGAAGGGGGCAAAGGGAAUCAAAGGGAGGAGGGGUAUUGCUGGCUUUCCUGGAUUUCCUGGAACUCCAGGUGACCAAGGGCCUCCAGGACCAGUGGGCAUCAAGGGCCCCAAAGCAUUUGUAGAUGUGAUGCAAUCUUGUGAAAUCAUUGAUUUAAUACGAGAAAACUGCCCUUGCUCAACGUGUGUUUCCAAAUGCCCUGUGUUCCCCAGCGAAGUGGUCUUUGCCUUGGACAUGUCAAAUGACGUCUCCCUGCUGCAUUUUGAGAAGAUGAUAAAUAUUCUAUUAUCCCUACUGAUGAAGAUGGAAAUGAGUGAAAGUAACUGUCCAACAGGUGCCCGAGUGGCUGUCGUUUCGUACAACUCCAAAACAGACUACCUGAUUCGCUUCUCAGACUACAAGGGGAAGCCUGCACUCCUGCAGGCGGUCAGGGAAAUCCCCCUGCAAGAGUCCUCUGGCAGCAGGAGCCUUGGGGAAGCCAUGAGGUUUGUGGCAAGACAUGUAUUCAAACGUGUGCGCUCUGGCCUUCUCAUGAGGAAGGUGGCUGUGUUUUUCCAGGCGGGCUGGGCCCAUGAUACAGACACCAUCAACACUGCCACUUUGGAACUCGGUGCGCUGGAUAUCACCACUGCAGUCAUCACCUUCACAGAAGAGCACAACCUCCCAGAUGCCCUGUUGGUGGAUGGAACCAACAGAUUUCACAUGUUUGUCUGGGAGACUGAGGAUCAACAGGAUGUGGAGCACAUGGCCCGCUGCACACUCUGUUAUGACAAGUGCAGACCAGCCCCAGAGUGCAUGCCGAGUGCGCCAGGACCCCCGGCGGUGGACAUCGAUGUGGCAUUCGUGGUGGACAGCUCCUAUGGCGUUGGCGCUGACGUGUAUCGUGCUGCCCUGAGUCUAGUGGAGGCCAUGCUUAACGACCUGGAGAUGGCUGCACAGCCAAGCAUGUCCCCCUAUGGGUCGCGAGUGGCCCUGGUGAUGCACACAACGCCAGGCUUCUGGCCAGGUGCAGGGCAUCCCCCUGUGCUCGAGAGCUUCCACCUGACCUCCUAUGGCAACCGGCUGCAGAUGCAGAGGCACCUUCGUGAGGCCGCUGGUGGCCCUCUACGGGGAGCUCCUGCCCUGGGCCACGCCCUGGAAUGGACGCUGGAGAAGGUGCUCCUGGCAGCCCCUCUGCCCAGGCGGGUGCAGGUCCUCUUCCCUAUCGUGGCCAGCGAGACCAGCAGCUGGGACCGGGAGAAGCUAAGGACUCUGUCCCUGGAGGCCAAGUGCGAGGGCAUCACUCUGUUUGUGCUGGCCUUGGGCCCUGGUGUAGGGACCCAUGAGCUGGCAGAGCUGACUGAGGUGGCCAGCCUCCCAUCUGAGCAGCACCUGCUGCACGUGGAGGGAAUCUCAGGCCCAGAAGUAGCCUAUGCCCAGGGAUUCACUCGGGCCUUCCUGAACCUCCUAAAAAGUGGAGCAAACCAGUACCCCUCUCCAGAGCUCAUUAGACAAUGUGGGGGCCCGAGCCGAGGGGACACUCUGCUACAAUCAGCUAGGUCUCUCAGGAGGUUGUCCAAGGGCCAGUCUGGCAGAUCUGGCUUUGCUGAUGAUUUGGAAGCACUUGAAACAGGAGAUUUUUUCCGAGAGGAGCAUAGAAAAGCCACAGUAAAAUCUAUAACUCAGCAAGAAGCCCUAGAAAAUUAUGAGAAGAACAGACAUGAUGCUGAAGGACAUGAAAAAGAAAUGCCUGCAAAACAGAAACGAACAGGGAAAAAAAGAAAUUCAGGCCCUUGUUCCCUGGAUCGAAUGGAAGGUGAGUGUCAGAACUACACCCUGAAAUGGUAUUAUGACAAGGAGAAGCAGGCCUGCCAACAGUUCUGGUAUGGCGGCUGCGGGGGCAACGCGAACCGGUUCCAAACCAAGGAGGAGUGUGAGGCGCGGUGUGUCCCAACAGCCCUAUAGGGCAGAAUCUUAUUGCAGUUGCUUCUGUUUUCAUAGCUGAUGAAAAUGAGAUGACCUUUCCUAAGACAGUUCCACACAGCUUUUAAAUUAUGUAGCUCACUUUACAAACUUGUAGGUUGGAUUCCUAACACCCUGGAUUUUUUCCUACCAGCGAGGACUUGGGCCAGAUGAUUUGUCACUUGAGAAGGACUGCAUUCUGGUAGUUAAAACACUAACUGAAAGUUUCCUGCACAUCUUUUAAAGGACUUAGAACUGAAUGAAAAAGGAACUUGAACUAGACCUGUAACAUUACUUAAAAAAAAUUUUUUUUGGCUCUGUAACAAAAGAAAACUCAAUGGAAGCAGUGCGUUGAAACUUAAAUUCGUAUUUGUCACUAAGAGAACAUGGAAGUGUUAGUCCAAGUGGGGGUCUGGAAAUUUUUAAUGCGAUAUUUAAUCCUUGCUACUCAGUGAAAAAAAUAAAGGUAUUUUGAUUAAGUCAC